AUGGCCAGCCCUCCACAGCAGACCUCUCAGUCCUUCCAGGAUACAGACACCCAUCAGCAGUCUUUUCGCAAUCAAAAUCGUCAUCAUGAUCGACCUCAUCACGCAGCACAGCAGCCCCACAACCCAAACCAGCCAAUGAACUACAUGCCUUCUGUUCGUGCUGCUUCAGAGAAGAAGUUGGGACUUCUUUACUUCUGCUCUCCUCAAAAUCAUGGCUGGCAUGGUGACGUUCGCAAGAGAUUCACUGAUUUUCUUGUGAACGAAAUCCAGAAGAAUGGUGAGGUCCUCCAUCUCUCAGAUUACAACCUGGGUGCCAGGCCUACGGACACAGACGUCCAUAUUCCUGGAGAAUAUCACCAAAGACCCCAGCGUGACACCACUCAGGCCCCUACAGGUGAUGCUCCGGCGUCCACAAGUGAUUCUUCGUCCCCCCAGGUCAGCGACGAGGACCUGAAAACUCUCUGCGGCCUCCUGGAUGAGCCCACCACACAAGCGCUGAAGAAUCUUUAUGAGACUGUCGGCAAAGCUGGCAAAACUCGACUUGAUCCUAGGACCAAUUCUGUCAAGUUUCCUCCCAUGGAGCGUUCCCAGCGAGGGAAAAUUCAUCAAAACUCCCGCGCUGGUGGCCAGCGGCAUCGUUCUACCCAGCCUUCGUUCAAGAAGAUGGGCGGCGACUACCUUCACUUCACCCUUUAUAAGGAGAACAAAGAUACCAUGGACGCCGUCAACCAGAUUGCCCGUAUGCUCAAGGUCAAGGCGAACAACUUUGGCUUCGCUGGCACCAAGGACCGGCGUGCAGCCACCGUCCAGCGCAUCAGCGUCUUCCGAGCCAAGCACCAGACUCUUGAUUUUCUCAACAGCCUGAUUCCUGCCAUCAAGAUGGGUGACUACAAGUACAGCAAGUACCCCAUACAGCUCGGCGAUCAUGGCGGCAAUGAGUUUAAGAUCACUGUCAAGAAUAUCUCUGUCAGCCGUGGUCAAGGGUGCUCGCUUAAGCGUCGGGUUCAAAUGACCACUCAGGCUGUUGAGUUUGCUGUCUCUGAAAUGGCAAAAUAUGGUUUCAUCAACUACUUUGGUCUCCAGCGAUUCGGCACCCAUUUUGUCGGAACACACGAGCUCGGCAAGAUGUUGUUGAUGGAAGACUAUGAUGCCGUAAUUGACGGAAUUCUUCACGUCGAUGCGGAGUACAUGAGCCAAGUGAUGUCUGGCUCUGUUGAGGAAACUCCGGCAAAUCGAGAUGAGAUCAACCGCGUCCGUGCCAUUAUUCAGUGGAAGACAACCAAGAAUGCAAAGGCAGCGCUUCAAUACAUGCCAAAGCGCUUCGGCUCGGAGAUGAACGUCAUCAGUCACCUUGCUAAGAACCCGCGUGAUCCCCAGGGCGCAAUCCUCACCAUCACACGCGGAAUGCGGAACUUGUAUCUUCAUGCCUACCAAUCAUAUGUCUGGAACCAUGCCGUCUCUCAUCGUUGGGCUAAGUACGGAUCCAAGGUGAUUCCUGGAGAUUUGGUGUUGGUCACCUCGGAGAAAGCGGCUGUCGAGGUGGCCGAGGACGGAGGUGAUGCACAGGCAUCUGAUGAGCCUCAGUUCCAGAGGGCCCGGCAUCUCACCGAGGCCGAGGUCCAGAGUGGCAAGUUUACCGUCUUCGACCUUGUGCUACCCUGCCCUGGCUACGACGUCAUCUACCCGGACAAUGACACCGGCGAGUUUUAUGUCGAGUUCAUGUCGAGGCCGGAGAAUGGUCGACUGAAUCCCCACCAGAUGCGCCGAGCGAAGAAGGACUUCAGUCUUAGUGGGGCUUACCGCCAUAUCGUAGGCAGAUUCAUUGGAGAGCCAAAGUGGGAAGUUCGUACCUACACGGACGAUAACGAGCAGAUGCGGCCGACCGAUGCCAAUCUUAUCGAGCAGCGCAAGGCUGAGCUGAAGGCCCAGGAGAUCACCAAAGAUCCAGAGGGGCUGGCCGCCACCAUCGGUUGGAAUACUUUCGCGGCGAAUCCCGCAGUGCAAGAUGACAAAAUCGAUGCAGAGCGCCGUCGCCAAAUGAAAGAGAACCCAGAGGUUGAACCUCGUGUCAACGAAGUCUGGGUGCAGCGAUCCGAGGAUGGCAGUCUCAAGAGAAUUAAGACUAAGCAUGAGGUUCUUCCUGUGGAGUCGCAGUCCGAGGAACCUGCGCGAUCUACAGCUUCCAGCGGAGGCGCACCCCUCUUCGCUGAUGAUACUGAAGGUGAGGGCAAGCAGCCAGCGAAGCCUGUGGCGCCUGAUCGCCAGCCAACUGUCCCGGAGUCUGGCAAUGCUGGCUUCGCAGCUACACCAAAGACGCCCAAAUCUGAGCUCCUAGCACCGUGUGCCAAAGCCGAAGUGCCCACGCCUGAGGCUUUGGCCCUCCAGAAUGCACUCGCGAUGAAGGCACUUAAUAAACACCUGCAGGAUCCCGCCUUAGCAAUACCCUCGACGAAGACGGCGGCAGCGGCCGAGGGUCCAGAGACUUCCAAAACUGCAAGUCGCCCCAACAGCAGUGGUUCCGAGAGAGGUGCUGGCAUACAGGACGCUUCUAUCGAGAAGGAGUCAACACCUGCAUCGGCUCUACCCAAAGCAGAGUGGUUCAAGAAGAGACCUGACGACCGAAUGAGCAGUCAGGCUGUUGAGUCUUUCACCCAGAAAGAUCUGUCAGGAGUGGAUGAGAGCACGAUCAAAAUUGCGGUCAUCCUUGAGUUCUCCCUGAACUCCAGCGCCUACGCAACAGUUGUUCUCCGUGAGCUCAUGGCUGAGGUUGAGCCGGAGAAGGAGGGCAGCCCCCUCAACCCGUCUUGA